CCGCCCCAUCCGCCGCACAAUGCUCCGCCUCCUCACCGGCGGCCUCCGCCGCUCCCUCUCCACGGCCGCGUCGCGCCCGCCGUGGGCCCUCAUCCAGCUCACCUCCAUGGACAAGUCGGGGGCGCCGGCGCCGGGCGCGUCCUGCCACCUCGACGCGCCCCCGUUCCUCACCAACCUCACCGUCCCCGCCCACUUCGUCCACCCGCGCCCUCUCCUCGACCCCGCCACCGGCAAGCACGGCUCCGUCCCGGGCCAGGUCUGCGCCACCAGCGGCCACGGCUUCCUCCUCGUGCGCUUCUGGGAGUCCCGCUUCGGCCCGUCGGCGCCGGCGGCGACCACCGCGACUCCCUCGUAUCCGCCAUACUCAACCUCUCCUUCACCGACAUGGACACCAACCCGGAGACCACGCGCUUCGUCUGCAACCCGCUAAGCGGCGAGCUUUACCGCCUCCCGGACAUCGACGACACCAAGAGGACCUCCGCCUGCAACCACCUCGGCAUCCUCACCCAAUCCCAAAACAGCGACGCGCCCCCGGACAGGUACGCGGUAGCUGAGAUGUUCACCGCCGGAGGCAGGGAGGAGGAGGAGGGAUUGGUCAUGAGGCGGUUUCUCUCCGAGACCGGGGAGUGGGAGAAGUUGGCGGGCUUGCCGUCCCCUCUGCCGGCAGCUGGGCGGCAGAUGGACGUCGUCACCGCCGUGGUGGCCUUCAGCGACCGGCUGUGGUGGGUCGACGAGAGCUGGGGCGCCGUCUCGGUGGACCCGCUCAGCGACCGCCCGGAGCCCCGCUUCGUGGAGCUGCCCAGAGGGAGCGUGCUGCCUGACCUCAAGGGCAUGGUCUUCAUCAAGGAACUCGGCAGGUACCGGCGCAUGGGGGUCAGCGACGGGAAGAUGCGCUACGUCGAGGUGUCCAAGGAGAAGCCCUAUGUGAUCAGCGCCUUCUCCCUCGACGACGGGGGCAGCUCCUGGACGCUGGACCACGAGGUGCCAUUUCUCCACAUCUGGAUGGACGAACGCAACCAGUUUCCGCCCUUGAAGGAGAUGCCGGCGAUUGGGGCCAUCGACCCGCUCAACGCCAAUGUGGUCUACCUCGUCUGCGGCAACCAGCUUCUCGGCGUGGACAUGGUUAACAAGAAGGUUACCGGGAGUUCUCGUCUAGCCAUACCCCGUGUCCCCAUCCUACCGUGUGUGCUCCCGACAUGGCUGGAAUCAACCAAGAUCCCAUACGCAGAUUGGAGCAAAAAGACUACUGCCAAAAGGGAGGUUUCGCCAGAUACAGACAAAAAGAACACUCUACGUGUAGAGGUAGAGCUGAUGAAAUGAAGUGUACCAGAUAAUUCGUAUUUUGGUUUCUGAGACUUGUAAGAGAAGAGUUGUUUGUGAGGACUAGGAAACUGAUGGUGGCAUUUUUUGAACUCUUGCUUUGGGGGAAUGCUGUGAGAAGUCUGGGUUUGUUAGAAUAUGCUGACGCACUUCCUUAAUCACAAUUUGAGAAAUUCUGGCAAACGUUUUACAUAUUUUGGCUUUGCUUGUUCACCCCUUGAGCUUUAGUAGAACGGCUUGAUUCCGUCGGCAAUUCAGCAUGGAUCGACAGUCAACAACAGCAUUAUGUAUUUAUGUCCUUUUAAAGUUGAAUCGUUCAGUAGCCUUUCGAAGUGAGGGCCAUGAAUAUAAUGGCCUACACUGUUCUGGGGUCUUGUUGUUGUCAACUAUUAUACGCCAUUGCG